GGCAGAUGCCCGCCAACUACUAAGAAAAUGCCAAGCAUUACUCAGAACUCAAUCGGAUACCCGAAUACCCGCACUUCUGCAAACUAAGCUGCGACAACUACUAGAGCACAAACCCCGUUCACAACAUGAGUUCUACAUCGACAUCGCAGAGCAGAAGAGCUACGCGAUCUUCGCUGGCUUGCCUCCCCUGCCGUUCACGUCACUUAAAAUGCGACGGCAAACGUCCGUGUUGCGCCCGCUGCACUGAUGCGGGCAAGCAGUGCAACUAUGCCCCGUCACGUCGCGGGGGGCUGGACCGCGCAGCGCUGGCAGAGCGUCGCAAAAGACUCACUGCAACAGAUGGCUCUGGAAGCACCUCAUCUAUUGACGGCUCGAGCCCCCAGCGGCCCGUAACGAUUGGACAGGUCCACGAACGGGCCGAUACGGCCAUGAGUGGUAAUGGCACAUCAAACAUUCCCGUGACUGUAUCGAGUGUCGCUGGAAUCAUCAACAUCGAGGACGAUGCCAUGGUCGAUGCUUACUACAAGAACUUUCAUAAAUCGCAUCCCUUCAUUUUACCGCGGACACACCUGGCAAGGAGGUGUCAGGACCUGGGCAGACAGUCCGGGUUCACGCCUCUCAUUGCAGUUCUACGCUUAAUCGGGGAUAUUUAUACCUCAAAAUGUUGGUCAAUACCGCUGCAGGAGUACACAGAAACCUGCUUUGCACAAGCCGUCCCAUCCGACCCGAUCAUGGUCCAAUGUCGCCUCUUAUAUUCUAUGGCCCUCUUCUGGCAUGACCAGAAGGCCGACGCCAAAAAGGAAAUGGACAAUGCAACCAACCUCGCUAUUGAUCUCCAAAUGUUUCGUCAAGAAUUUGCAGCGUCGCGCGGAGCCAACGAUCCCGUGCUGAGGGAGAGCUGGAGGCGAACAUGGUGGAUGCUGUUCAUCGUAGAUGCAUACUACGCCGGCACUCUGGGGACGAUGAACUUUGCGGUCGUGGACAUCGCUGCUACUGUAGAGUUACCUUGUGAAGAGUCCGAGUACGAGUCGGGGAAUAUCCCCGAGCCCAAAACUAUGGAAGAGUUCAACUGCCGCGAAUUCAGCCCCGAGAGUACCACGUUCUCCUCCUUCGCGUAUCUCAUCGGCGCCGUACAAUGCGCGGCAUCGGCGAUAUCUGUCGCACCGAAGAUAGCCGCCAAAGAAGACUCAACGCAUGUUAUCCAAGCUGCUGACUGCAGUCUGGAUGGAUGGCGGCUUCUACUACCGAAGAAUUCCAAGCAGGUCAUGACAAAUACUGGGGACAUUGACGAGCUCAUGUUCCAAGCUCACCUCGUGAUACAUGUCGCAACGAUCGGCUUACACAGGCCCUUUUCAACCCUCAAAUUCAAUGCCAUAGAGGACGUUUCUAGCUGUGCCCGAGAACCACCCCUGGAUACUCCAACCCCAGAUCUUGUCAAUGUACACACCGUGCGAGUCCUGCGAUCCGUGGAGGCACAAAUCCGCCUCCUGGCCCUGCCCGUGCAAGAAUUCUGCCACACUCCUUUUACCACUUGCAUGGUGAGUGAGGGAACACUGGCGUUGCUCUCGGCCUGCAAAUUUUUAUUUAAGGGCAAAGAUCUAGCAAUCGCAAGAGACCAGAUCCGGAUGACUAUCGGGUGUCUCAGGGUUCUUGGCGAGGUGUGGCCGAGAACAGCGAGAAAUGUCGGCGAGCUACAGACGAUUGGUCAGUAUGUGCUUGGGGUUGGGUCUAGGGUGGAAUGCAAUAGCGAUGCGUCGAAUUCCACCCAAGGUUUGCAUACUUUUGGUGAAGGAGAUGGAAGUCUGGGUUCGAGCACGGAUGUGCUAAGCAACGACACUGAUAUUCUUUCUUCUCUCGACUCUAUUCAGGAUCUGUGUGGAUGGUAUAACCUUGGUGAUCUGAAUGAUCUCCCGUGGGGUGUGGGCGAUGGCUCGUAAUAUGUGAUUUAAUAUUUACCACUACCAGUUGAAAGGGUAUAAAUGCUGUGGAAGUGGCUGUGAUGAAUACCGCGGAUCAAUGUGAUCUGCUGCCCGCAGCAUUCUCUCGGUAUGGAAUGAUUGAUAAUGAAUGUAUAUCCUUGCAGCAUGCCUUUCAGGGUAAAAAAGGGUAACCUGAUUUGGUCUACGUUGAGGAACAAGACACUCUUAUCAUUACCAUGUCUUUCUAGGAGGGAUCUUAUUUCGCUCUCACUCAUACCCGAAUACCCGGGCCGAGUGCAGGCCGUGAAACGCCCAAACAACGGCUUAGUAGACAUAUUGGAUGAUUCAAAGAGCAAGGAAGAAAUUGAUAUUCCCAUGAUUGGUAAUCGUAUAUGGCAACAGAUUUCCCGGAGAACCCCCCUCCCCAUCGACCCACGGUAGGCUAUUAACAAUAGGCUAUUGCUAUUGAGGGAGUCUCCC